GAGACGUUACUGGGACACGGGCCGUUCUGCAGUACUGGUACUAUAUACUUGAAGUACUUUUACUUAAGUACCAGUUGACUGCCGGACUUUAACUGAGCAUUUGCACAGCAUGGUCCUGCCCCGAUGAGCCUCCUGGCAGCCCUGCUCUGGGGCGGGGGAAUGGGGAUGUAACAUCGCGGAGCGCACGGGGAACGCACGCGGACUGGGGCGGUUGGGAAAUCAGACUGGUGUCGCAACGGUGUCAGUAAGGAGGAGGAGGAGCAGCGUGGACCGGAAUACACUCAACUUCUACUUCCUACAAGUACUAACGGCCCUCAGCGGUUCAAUGUAUGUUUUGAUGGCUUUGUGCGCGUCAGACGCGCAUUUUAAGCAGAAAAGUCGCCACGGACCAAACCAGAGUCCUGAUGUCAGCCGGCCGUCUGACACGAUCCUCUGGUUUGGAUAAAGGCAGCCAGCCUCUGCCUUUAAUUAGUUAAUUAGUAGGUACGGAACGUUAAUCCAGGCUCCCCCAUCUGAGGACUUCCCGGAUCAGCGGGGUCUGGACCGGCGCGCUCCUCUGGGGAUUAGAGCCCUGACACGGGACUGUUAAUCAUCAGAGCCGCUGCUCCCGGUGCUGCGGCACCAACCGGAGUGUGACUGAGUGUCAAUCCGCGGCAGGACUCUGUCUCCCCUCAGUAAGCCCGGAAAGACCCAGGACACCCCCCACAGACCGCUCCAGUCCUGGACCCGCUCCGCCCUCACCCAGCUCUGUCCGCACACCCCCUGGGACCAGCAACUGUACAGCCCCGACUGGCUCAUCCGACACCGAGGAGAUCGACUCGACCCGUUGCCAAUGGCAUCCUUCAUCUCCACCCUCCUCCUCCUCUUCAUCGUGGCGGUAGGGAUUACACCGGCUGUCAGUCAGUCCAGUGACCCGACAGAGCCCAUGUGCUAUGACUGGGGGGAGUCCAACGACGGGGUGGUCUCAGUCCUGGAGGGGGAGGCCGGUUGGCUCUCCUGUCCUCUUUUCUCUCAUCCCUCCGUCUACAACUACAACUCCACCCAGAGCACCGGACACAACCUGUUCUGGUACCGCCUCCCUGAGGGCCAUGACCUGGAGCAGCCAAUCACAUACAGGUACAUCACACACUUAAACACACCCACCUCCCCCACCUUAUGGUGGCGCCGGGCCGCCGCCGCCGACUCGGGACUGUACAUCUGUAUGCUCCGCAACAAGUCGUCCUGCAGUAAGAUUGCCAUGCGUCUGAAGGUGCUGCAGCGUGAUGAGGUGGUCCGUGGUGCCGGCUGCCCACCUCUGGCUGACAUGCCAGCCAGUCAUGUGGUGAUCCCGCUGCAGGAGGGGAAGACCCUGGACUGUCCUGACCUACAGGAUGCCUCCAAGAUGGCCGACGGCGAGCCGACUGUCACCUGGUACCAUGUGAUAAGAAACAACUUGAUGUGUGACCAGCCUCCGUUCUGGAACGUGAAUCGGGAGCAAACAGGAGCCAGUCUGCAGUUUCACAUCAUGGAGGAUUCCUUUAAGGGCCUGUAUUUGUGCACAGUGCACUACCUGAGGAGAGGCCGAACACUCAACUUCACCAGGAGCAUCAACGUCACUGCAGUCUAUCCGUCCUCACUGCCCAAAGGACCCAGCAUCCUGCGCCCGAACAAGAACCAGGUCUUCCCUGCCAAACAGAACACGGAGGUGCGCCUGGAGUGCAGAGGCCUGUUCCCCUACCUGAACUCUUCCUGGGAGAUUUGGUGGACGGUUGAUGGGAAGUCUCUGGAUAAACUUGCUGAUCAUCGAUUCUCCAAAAUCAACAGACAGGUGAAGUACGAGUAUGGGGAACGGACAGAGGAGAGCGUGCUGGUGAUCCAGGACUUCCAGCCUGAAGACCUGAACAGAGAUUACAACUGCUCUGUGAGGAACGAGAGAGGCUUUGAAACCCGCAGAGCUCAGCUGAAGGAGGAGGUGUUGCUGCCGUUGGUGGAGCUGGGCUGUGGUCUCGGGGUGACUCUGGUCCUCAUGCUGCUGCUCUUCGUGGUUUAUCACGUCUUCUGGCUAGAGCUGCUGCUGCUCUAUCGCUCCAGGUUCGGCACCGACGAGCGGCACACAGAUGAUAAGGAGUACGACGUGUACAUCUCCUACGCCAGGAACAGCGAGGAGGAGCAGUUUGUUCUGUCGACGCUGCAUAGAGUUCUGGAGAACGAGCUCGGAUACUCGGUGUGCAUCUUUGACCGAGACAGUCUGCCGGGAGGGACCAUCACUGAUGAGACUCUCAGUUUCGUGGCUCGUAGCCGGCGCCUCUUGGUGGUCCUUAGUUCGGGCUACGCUGCUCAGGGCUCCCAGGCUCUGCUGGAGCUGAAGGCUGGCAUUGACGGCAUGGCGCUGGGCGGCCACCUGCGGGUGAUCCUGGUCCAGUACAAGCCAGUCGGGAGGGAGGGCUGGGUCAGGGAGCUGAAGAGGGCCCGGGUGGCCCUGGCUCUGGUCCGGUGGCAGGGGGACAAGUCCAGGGAGCUGUCGUCCCACUUCUGGAAGAGGCUGAGGGUGGAGUUACCUGUGAGGAGGGUUAGCAGUAGGGAGGAGGAGGACGAAGGGCGCAGUCAGGAGGUGGCUCUAAUGAGGCUGCACAGUCAGAACAGCGCAAACUCCCAGACUGGCCUCAUCAGCAACACGGUCAAAGAGCCACAGAAGGUCCUGAACUCUGCAGCGUAGCCAGGAUGGAGCUCUGCAGUCUGGGAACAUUUCAGCCAGAGCAGUGUCUCAGCCCAGGUCGGCUGUCUCGACAGAACUCUGCAGACAUGUCUCAGGAGUUUCACAGCUUGUAGCAGAGAUGAUUCAGACUCUGCUCCCUCUCUUUACAGUUGUAUCUGCACAUUAGUUGAUGUUUCUAACUAGAACUGGGUGAAACUACUACUAACACAGCGCCCGACACUCGGCUGCAGUACCAAACAUUACUUUUGUCAGUGCCUUGUCAAUUUUUAGCGUUUCUCUGUGGAAUCUUUCUGGUCACAACAAGACAAAAUGCCUAAGACAUACUGACGGCUCUGUGAAGCUACUUACUAACACAGAGUCACGUCGGCAUGUUAACAUGGCAUUGGUUCCACAGGUAUUUGCUACCUCAAAGGUCUGAGGAUGAAGGUGUUCAUCAAGUAGUUCAUCCUCUGGGGGGCCUGAAUGUAUGGACCAGAUUUCAUAAAACAACAUUCAGUAGUUGUCAGCAUAUUUCAUUUAAAGCAGAUAUUUCAACCCGAUGCAGAGUGUGUCAUGCCAAUCAGUAGCUCGUUAUCACUUGGGACCAUAGGGCUCAGUAGGGUCCUACUCACCCACUAGUCGACUCAGUAGGUUGUCAUCAUGCUACACAUCUUCAGUGUCAUGCUUACAGUCAUCCACAGCGACUGUUCAUACACAACAACUACAGUAAACUACAGGCUAAAAACUGCCUUGUUAAAGAAAAGGGUGUGAUUUGAGUUGAACUACUUCCUUAAUGUGACAGGGCCUUCGUUGUCAUCGUCACAAUAAUGAACACAUGGACAACCAGUCUUGGAUAAAAAUUUGUUUCACACUGGACUCGAACACUGGUCUCCUGUGACCGAGCCAUCCCCACCUCCUAAUAUGAGCCUCACCUCACUUCCUCAUUCGCUUGUCUUUCUUAUUAUGGCCACUAGAUAUUGAUGACACCUGCCUGCUGAGCCCUGUGGUAGGUUGAGUAGGGCCCUGCUGACUCACAACUAUAGCCUCAACAAGAGCUGAUAAAAGGCCUUGGAAUGACCUGACAGCGCCUGAUUAGGUGCGUGGUGCCAAUCCAUCAGGUAGACACUGAGACACUUCAGUCUGGAUCAACAGACAAAUCUAAUGUGGCGAUCUAAUGGAAAGCAGGAAUAUGAUCAGGACAUUUCCUGACCAUCCAGUUCAUGGCUUCACAGUUUCACUGUCCUGUCAGGAUCAGAGCCAUUACCAUGUACCACUUGUCAUUAGCACACUAUUCAUUCAUUAUCACUUUGCAUUUUGUGUUGCUUAUGUGUCCGGGUUAAGAACUUUGUUUUUCUGAAGUAGUAAAAUGUUAGAGGAAACACAGACUCCCUGAGGAGGGAAGCACGCUCUGGGUCAACUGUUAAAUAUUAGGCUAGAAAACCGAUUCAUUACUUUAAAAUGUUGCAAUGACUCUGCACUUUUUGUAAAUUGAAAUGU